AUGUUAUAUAACAUGUCAAUUUCACUUCAAAACCAAUUCCUUCCCCAAAGUUUAAAACCGCAAAGAAUGGCGUAUGUAAAGAACACAGCUGCAUGUUUUUGUGUGAUAUUUAUUGCUUUAUUUUCAAGUUUUCGGUCCAAUUGCAUUGGCGAGCCUUGUACUCUGUCUAGCCAGUGCGCCCCAGGACAAUAUUGUUGUAAUGAAACAUGCGCCUUAAAUUGUUCGUCUUGUUCCUCUAAUAGCCACUGUUUAACUGGUGAAUAUUGCUGUGGUCUUAAUGGAACAUGUCUCUCAACUUGCCUCGGACAAUUUUGUACCUCUAAUAGACACUGCGGAUCAGGUGAAUCGUGUUGUGAUCGUGAUCAAAGUACUUUUGGCAAAUGUGCUAGAUCCUGUGUUGGAAAAUCUUGUAAAUAUGAUUACGACUGCAAAUUGAAAUUGGGAGAAUUAUGUUGUGGUAGUGAUGGUCGAAAUGUUAGUGGUAAUUGUGCUAGAUCUUGUAUUGGAAAAUCAUGUGAAGAUCAUGCCCACUGUGGAUUUAUAGGCGAAUAUUGUUGUGAUCGUGGUCAAAGUCCUAUUGGAAAAUGUGCUAGAUCUUGUAUUGGAAAAUCUUGCAAAUAUGAUAACCACUGCAGAUCAGGUGAAUCCUGUUGUGAUCUUGGUCAAAGUCAUAUUGGUAAAUGUGGUAGAUUUUGUAUUGGACAAUCGUGUGGAUAUGAUUACCACUGCAGUUCAGGUGAAUACUGUUGUGGAUCUAACAGAAAAUGUGCUUUAAGUUGUAUUGGAGAAUCUUGUAGUCGGAAACACCACUGCGGAUCAGGCCAAUAUUGUUGUGAUUAUGGUCAAAGUCCUAUUGGAAAAUGUGCUAGAUCUUGUAUUGGAAAAUCAUGUAAAUAUGAUGACCACUGCGGAUCAGGCCAACAUUGUUGUGGUCUCGGUGAAAGUCCUAUUGGCAAAUGCGCUAGAUUUUGUUUUGGAAAAUUGUGUAAAGAUGAUUCCGACUGCAAAUCACAUGGAUAUUAUUGUUGUGGCACUAACGGAACAUGUGCCCCAAGUUGUAAUGGUGAGUUUUGUUCGGCUGAUUCCCACUGCCCGUCAGGUGAAUAUUGUUGUGAUCGUGGUCAAAGUCCUAUUGGCAAAUGUGCUAGAUCUUGUAUUGGAAAGUCAUGUGGAUGGUAUAGCGACUGUGGAUCAGUUGAAUACUGUUGUCAUUCUACUAAAACAUGUGCCUUUGAUUGUAUUGGAGAAUCGUGUAAAUCGAAUAGAGACUGCGCAUCAGGUGAAUUCUGUUGUGUCAUUCAAGGUAAUGGUACUUGUGCUACAUCUUGUACUGGAAAAUCAUGUAAAUCGAAUAGUGGCUGCGCAUCGGGUGAAUUCUGUUGUGGUGUCAUUGAAGGUAAUGGUACUUGUGCUACGUCUUGUAUUGGAAAAUCGUGCGAGUGGCAUGAACAUUGCCAAUCAGGUGAAUAUUGUUGUGGUUCUGUUGAUAAAAAGUGUUUGAAAACUUGCAUUGGUCAAUUGUGUAACUCAAUUGAUGACUGUUCUGUGGGGCAAUGUUGUGGUCACAAUAAGAAAUGUAAAACAGGAGACUGCAUCUCAGAAAGUGCACAGUCCUGGCAUCUUGUAGUUGGCAUAACUACUCCUUUGUUAAUUAUAGUCAUUCUUACAGUGUUUUUCUGUUAUCGCAAAGCCAAAGCCUCGAGACGUUGUGCUUACGAGGGAGAAACACAGUCCACAACACCAACAACUAGACUCUUUGCAAAUGAACAACAACAACAGCUACAAAUGUAUCAAUUCCCACCACCAUGCCCCAACGUACCACCCCCACUGUACCCCAAUCAACCCCCAUACCCCAAUCAACCUCUACUGCACCCUAAUGAGCCACCGCCUCCAUACAAUAUAACUAUGGCACACAAUACAACAACUACAAUUUAA